GCUAGUGCAGCUCGUGUUCGCUGCAUUUGCUUGCAAUUGGGAACCACGUAUAGAAAUGAAUGCUUCGGGCUUACACAAGGAUUAGCCUACUCUACUUGACUGGUUCGGAGGCUGUUCUUAGGAGCUAGUUCGGCUAAAUGCACUUCGGGCGCUUUCACGGUAGCAACUAAUACCUGGCAUACUUGCUUGGUGGAAUACAGCUGUCUUUCGUAGAUAACCACGUUCGCGUUCGCUGGGUUCACUAGUCGUUGGCGCAGUAGUUCGCUUGUUGUAGAUGGAGGUUUGAUGGAGGUUUAUCAGCCACAAUAAUCAUCACCUUCGGUUAUCUCGUUGUUUCUACGCUGCCGUAAGUAUGCGGCGCACAUUAUUAGCUGGUCUGGACGUUCGUCCUAAUGGCCGUGUGGCGGGCGCGACGACGGACCGGAAUCUGGCGCAGCAGCACCGGAGCGGCCACAAGAAUGCCAGUAAAUCAUAUCUGUACCGAGCACGACUUCCCCUCCUCGCUAUCCUGGUGCUCCUUGUGCCGCAAGCAGCUCGAGCGGAGCUUACGGCGACCUUAACCUUUUAUUCCGUGAACAAAGCCUUCGUCUCUUCUGACUGCGACUCCAUAACGAGCUACUUGCUAGACAGCCUUUAUGCUAAAAACGUCGCCGUCGAUUUAUCCGACUCGAGUAUUUUCCGAACUGUGUGCUCAACCGUCAAUAAUACUUCUCCUGACACGGGGACCACUAACUCAGCGAUUCAGCUUACCGCGCACUUCAACGGAGUGUACGUAUUGGAAAACCUGCAAGCUUUUGCAACCGCGGUGAAAGACGAGGUGCUGUGGCGCUCCCUGCUGCUGCUCGUGUACGCGGGAUGCGGGGCGGAGGCCAUCUACGUGGAUUCUGCAACCGCCAUGAACACGGGCCUUACCUCAGUUCUGGCCGUCUGCUCUACAAACGAUGCCAUCACCACCCUCUACCCCACCGCGGGCACCCCUUGCACCUACUACCUGCCCCAGCAGCUCUGCAGCCCUCCGCCGCCACCACCAACACCUCCCUCUCCCGCACUGCCGCCCGGCCCCAGCCCCCCACCAGUGCCCCCAUCACCCCCUCCGGUGCCGCCGCCGUCGCCAUUCCCGCCGUCCCCCAGCCCGCCCAGCCCGCCCAAGCCUCCCAGCCCCCCACGACCUCCCAGGCCUCCCUUCCCGCCCGGCUUGGGUCCCUGCAUCCUGAUAGUCAAGGCCAUUCGGCCCACGAACUGGACGAGCUCCUCUCAAUGUGCCAUGCUGGUCACGGGCAUGUCGGGUUUCUUCGCUUACAAUGCGUUGAUGCAGUCGGACCGGCCGUUCGUGUGCCUGGACGACGGCUCAACCAACGGUGUUCUGUUGGUAGUUGGUACGGCAGCCAGUCAAACCGAAGCACAGGUGGUUGCAUCCAACUUUGCUCAGAAGCAGCUGGCUGGGGCGACGAUUAGGCUGCUGGGCGGAAUGUCUUGCGGGUCAUCGCUGUCUCUGGAAAGUCCCACUUGCGGUAUAAGUGUCAAGUACGACACCAUAUCGCAAGCCGACCUCUUCAGCUGUUUCCCGAUGCCCCCAUCGCCUCGGCCGCCCAGCCCGCCCCCAAGCCCACCGCCCAGCCCGGCACCCAGUCCUCUUCCUCCCUCCCCGCCGUCACCUCCCUCCCCACCGUCGCCUCUACCACCGUCGCCGCCCCCUCCCUCCCCACCGCCGCCUUCGCCACCGUCGCCGCCCCCUCCUUCGCCGUCACCUCCACCGCCAUCACCUCCACCGCCCUCGCCACCCUCGCCAGGUCCCCCUCCCCCGCCGCCCGUGCCAACCUACUUACGGGUCAUUAUCACCAACUCCAACAGCGUCAAGCUGGUCCGCAUGAACUGCACGCAGCUGCGCGGUUCCCUGGAGCUGUCGCUGCAGGCGGCGGGGCAGACGCUGCUGUCCAACGUCAGCUGCAACGUGGACUUCCUGCUCAUGCAGGCGCUGCUGACGGUAGCUCUACCGGACAACUACGCGGCGGCACAGGCUGGUAUUGCGCUUGGCAACAACUUGCCCAUCUUCAUCGCCUUUGGACAGCUGCCUUGCAACAGCGCUCUAGACGUGUCUGUUACCACCUCAGCCUUUUACCUGGUGCUGAACUGUGCGAGCAAGUCGGAGCUGUGCUGCCCCAGCCCACCCCCGGGACCCAACUCCCCACCACCGCCGUCUCCAACCCCACCGCCACCAUCGCCUCCACCCUCUCCUCCACCACCGCCACCGCCCAGCCCACCGCCACCACCUCCCCCUUCGCCUCCUCCUCCCAGCCCGCCCCCUCCGCCUCCACCCUCGCCGC